AUGUUGUACGGGAAUCCCGAGAUCAUCGUGCAGAAUUUGAUAUCCAAGAUCCAGUCAACGCCAGCGCCGAAAGCGGACAGAUUAGAAACACUCAUCGAGUUUUCCCUUGCAGUGCAGAACCUUUGCGCAACGAUCGAAGCUUGCGAGCUGGAAGAGUAUUCGUACAACGUUGCUCUUUUACAUGAGCUUGUAGAUAAGCUACCUUCAGGGUUCAAGGUGGAGUGGGCCAAAUAUCGCCGUAACCUACCACGAGUACAUCUUUCAAUAUUCGCAAAAUGGUUGUAUGAGCUAGCAGAAAUUGUGUGUCCGAUCGCAAAUUUGCAUGGUAGCGGGGCUAGAGCGCCCCAGAGUAACAAGAAAAACUCGGCGUUCCUUAAUGCUCACAGUGGGGAGACAAGCGGCGGUACGACGGACAAGACGAAUCAUCAAUCCAAUUCGAAUCGAUUUCAGGCUAACUCUAAGGAGUGCCUGGUUUGUAAGGGAAGUUUUCCUAAUGUGGAGAAAUGCCAGCGGUUCACUGAGCUUGGAUACAACUCUAAAUGGGCAACUGUUAAAGAGUUCGGGUUAUGCCGGAAGUGCCUACGGAAACAUAAGGGGCCAUGUAAGUCAAAGCAAGUUUGCGGCACAAACGGUUGCACUUUCAAACAUCACCAACUGCUCCACAACAAUCAACGUGAAGGAGCGCUGCGUUCCGGUAGUAGGGAUUCGCAUUCCGCCACGGUGGCACAAGACACAUCUGUACGCGAAUGCAACGCUCAUCAUAAGGCCACGAACAAGGGACUGUUCAGAGUUGCUCCGAUCGUCAUCCAUGGCCCGGUUAAAUCCAUCAAAACUUUCGCAUUUCUCGACGAUGGGUCCUCACUAACUCUAGUGGACGCAUCGCUAGUGCAAGAGCUGAAGCUACAAGGAACGCCGGAACCGUUAUGCCUUAAAUGGACAGGUAACAAGCGGCGGAUGGAAAGUGACUCAAUGAAGUUGGACCUCGAAGUUUCUGGAACGGGAGAGGUUCAGAAGAAGUAUCGCCUUGCAGGAGCACAUACUGUUGCUGGCUUGGAUUUGUUUCAUCAAACGGUUGACACGGAGUUGAUGUGCAAAGAAUAUCCCCAUCUACGAGGAAUCCCCAUCGAAUCGUACAUAAAUGUACAGCCUCGGAUCUUGAUCGGAAUCGAUAAUGCCAACCUGACAUUCCCACUGAAGGGAAGGGAAGGCAAGAUGUACGAGCCGAUCGCAACGAAAACGCGACUCGGAUGGAUUGUUCAUGGAGGUUCGAACACCGGAGAGGCUGUUGUGGGACAUCAUAGCCAUAGCGUUCAGACAUGUCCAUGCAGCGAACGAUCCGAUGGUAUGUUGCAGCAAGCCGUACGUGAAUACUUUUCUCUGGAUGGACUGGGAAUUUACAGACCGGAGAAGCAACUUUAUUCCGCGGCAGACCAGCGUGCGCAGCAGCUUAUGCAGUCAGCGUCAAAGACAGAGAGUGGGCGAUAUGAAGUUAGCCUGUUAUGGAAGUUCGACGAAUUCCGACUACCCAACAGCAAACCUGUAGCUCUACGACGCUUCCACUGCCUAGAGGCCAGAAUGAAGAAACAGCCGGAGUUGGCCCAAGUAUUGCGGGCGAAGAUUGAAGAUUAUCGUAAAAAGGGGUACAUCAGAAAGCUGUCGGACGAAGAGCUGCAAGUUCCACAAGAACGAGUGUGUUAUCUCCCGUUGUUUCCAGUGUUCAACCCGAAUAAACCUGGAAAGGUGAGAAUUGUGUGGGACGCGGCUGCAAAAACAAAUGGUGUAUCGCUGAACUCGAUGCUGCUGACAGGGCCGGAUUUACUGACGCCUCUGGACUACGUGCUUUUCCGGUUCCGAGAGUUCCGCGUAGGGCUUAGUGGUGAUGUGAAGGAGAUGUACUUGCAAAUGGCAAUGUCCAAGAAGGAUCAGCACUGCCUCAGGGUGUUAUGGUGUGAUGACGCAUCUGGAGAACCGAGCACCUACGUGACGCAGGUUAUGCCCUUCGGUACCUGUUGUUCGCCAAGUUGCGCGCAAUUCAUCAAAAAUCUCAACGCAAGCAAGUUCGAAGGGCAGUAUCCAGUGGCCGCGCAAGCCAUUAUCAAACAGCACUACGUGGACGAUAUGCUGGUGAGCGUCGAAUCUGAACAGGAGGCGAUCCAGUUAGCAAUGGAUGUGAAAUUCGCACACGCCCAGGCUGGAUUCGACAUGCGAAACUGGAUUUCUAACUCCCCUGCAGUUAUGAAAGCCCUGAAGGAGAAUAACAAGGACGAAAUCAGUCUAAACAUCGGAGCAGAGCUGACGACCGAGAAGGUUUUAGGAAUGUGGUGGUGUACGGCUUCAGAUUCAUUCAUUUACAAACAUUCAGCGAAGCACGACCGGGAUUUGCUUGAUGGGAAUCGCACACCUACGAAGCGAGAGAUGGUCAGAACACUCAUGGCUGUUUUCGAUCCACUGGGAUUGAUAUCCAACGUGAUGAUCUACCUAAAAGUCCUAUUCCAGGAAGUAUGGCGAUCCGGAAUCGGCUGGGAUGAGGUGAUACCAGAACGUCUUAACGAAAAGAGGGAGAAAUGGCUGAAGAUCCUACCCAAGGUACAGACUAUCAGCAUACCUCGCUGUUACCGGUCUGCAACGCGGUUGGGCCCGCAAACGAACAUCCAGCUACACACGUUCGUCGACGCUAGCCUGUCGGGUUUCACAGCGGUCGUCUACCUACGUUUCGAACAGGGCAGUACUGUGGAGUGUGCGAUAGUAGGUGCGAAGACACGAGUAGCUCCCAUAAAGUUUGUUUCCGUUCCAAAGCUGGAAUUACAGGCCGCAGUCGUUGGAGUUAGGCUAGCUGACAGAAUUACAAGGUCGCUGUCGUUCAACAUUCACCAGCGGUUCUUUUGGAGUGACUCGAGGGACGUCUUAUGCUGGAUCCGGUCAGACCAUCGCAGAUAUUCGCAAUUCGUUGCCUUCCGUGUCAGUGAAGUCUUGGAAACCACGGGAAUUACUGACUGGAGAUACAAGUGCUCGAAAGAGAACGUUGCUGACGAUGCUACAAAAUGGCAGGGGUUUCCCGAUCUCACCGAAGACAGCAGAUGGUUCAAAGGUCCAAAAUGCUUGUGGGAGCGCAGCGAUAGCUGGCCAUCAAAUCCAUACGAAGAUGAGCAUACCGAGGAAGAACUACGUGCAAACCUGUUUCAUCAUCGAGUUGAACCCGAACCAAUCAUCACCGUUCAAGACUACUCUCAAUGGGAGCGGUUGCUUCGCGCCACAGCCACAACAUUAAGAACAGCACAACGGCUUCGCAGCACAACGGAAGAAGCAGAAGGCAGCAAAGGAUCUCUCACGGGCGAAGAAUUGAAGCAGGCCGCCAACUAUCUGUACCGAUUGGCUCAAACAGAAGGAUUUCCGGAUGAAAUGGGCGUUCUAAGGGCUAAAGUGGACAACAAGGUGCUACCCAAAUCAAGUUCGAUCUACACACUCAAUCCGUUCCUGGACGAGCAACACAUACUACGAAUGCACGGCAGAAUCAGUGCAUGUGAGUACGCUUCCAUGGAUGCUAAGAAUCCGAUUAUCCUUCCGAAGGACCAUCACAUCACAGGGCUGAUCGUACAAGACUAUCACGAGCGUUACCACCACCAGAACCACACCACCGUCGUGAACGAGUUAAGGCAGAUCUUCCGGAUUCCAAAGGUUAGGCGAUUGUUUCAACAAGUUAGAAGCAAGUGUCAGGUGUGCAAAAACCAAAGGGCUGUUCCUCGUCCUCCCCCAAUGGGAGAUCUUCCUGUGGCUAGGUUGGCGGCAUUCACAAGACCAUUCUCAUACAUUGGCAUUGACUACUUUGGCCCAAUGUUAGUAGUUGUUGGGCGUCGAACUGAAAAGCGUUGGGGUGUGCUUAUAACGUGCUUAACUAUACGGGCGGUACACAUAGAAAUCGCACAUUCCCUCAAUGCGAAUUCAUGUAUAAUGGCGUUGAGAAACUUUAUGGCAAGGAGAGGCGCACCAAUAAAGAUCUAUAGUGAUCGUGGGACUAACUUCAUUGCUUCAAAUAAAGAGCUUGGGAAGGCAAGCGUAGAACUUCAAGCUGCACUGAAGGAGAUGAACCAGGAGCACGUCGUCCGAGAAAUCGUCAGUCCAAACACUGAAUGGUCAUUCCUUCCUCCAGCAUCUCCCCAUAUGGGUGGAGCCUGGGAAAGGCUUAUUCAGUCGGUGAAGAAGAACCUCAUGGCAAUGAAACCAGGACGCCAUCCAACCGACGAGACACUCCGUAACAUGUUGAUGGAAGUUGAGAACAUCGUCAACUCACGUCCGCUAACGUACGUUCCAGUAGAAGACCCGGAAGCUCCAGUCCUGACACCGAACCAUUUUCUCGUGGGUUCAUCGAGUGGACUCAAACCCUACAGUGUCCUCAACGAUGAUUCGGUAGUUCUGCGGCGAGCAUGGUGUACGUCACAAGUCGAAGCAAACAUCUUUUGGCGGCGCUGGGUGCGAGACUAUCUGCCGGAGUUAACCAAGCGCUCGAAGUGGUUCAGCGAAGUCAAGCCGAUUGAGGUGAACGACAUCGUAGUCGUCGUCGAUCCAGGGCUUCCACGGAACUGUUGGCCCAAGGGACGGAUCAUUUCGGUUAAAACGGGCAAAGACGGACAGGUAAGGUCAGCUGCUGUACAGACACAAUCCGGGAUCUACGAGCGACCGGCGACAAGGCUCGCCGUUCUAGAUGUUCGACGCGAUGAACAGUAA